UCACGAUACUCACUCGAAAUUUUAUUAAUCAUCCUUUUUUCUUUUUUACAUAAUAAUAUCACAGCCUCUCUUUCUUGUAUAAAUAGCAGGCAGCUUCUCAGUACAAUUACACCUCUUCCAACUCUAGGCUCAAGCCUGCGUGUACUUCAUUAAAUUCUUUAGAAUCCUGUUGAUUUAAUCUCCUUUUUUUUUUUUUUACAAAGAAAAUAAAAGAAAAGAAAAGAAAUGGUUGUGCUGUCCCCAGCUGCUACGAGAACCAAGAAAACCAGGGCAGUAGGGAUUCCUGUGGUUGAUCUUUCUCUUGAUAGGUCGAUCGUGUCGCAGCUGAUUGUCAAAGCUUGUGAAGAGUAUGGAUUCUUUAAGGUUAUUAACCACGGCGUUCCUAGGGAGAUAAUAUCGAGAUUGGAAGGUGAGGGGGUUAAUUUUUUUGACAAACCAGCUGGUGAUAAGCAGCUGGCGGGUCCUGCUACCCCUUUUGGUUAUGGUUCGAAAAACAUCGGCCCCAAUGGCGAUAAGGGUGAACUUGAGUUUCUUAUUCUCAAUGCCAAUCCUUUCUCCAUUGCUGAAAGAUCCAAAACCAUCUCCAAUGAUCCUGAAAAUUUCAGUUGCGCUGCGAAUGAAUACAUAGAAGCAGUGAGGGAGUUAGCAAGCGAGAUUCUUGAUCUGGUGGCCGAGGGACUAUGGGUGCCGGACAAGUACGUCUUCAGUAGGCUAAUCAGAGACGUCCAAAGCGACUCGGUUCUAAGGAUCAAUCAUUAUCCUCCAGUCAAUAACAAAGACCCAUCAUCAAAAGCAUGCAAAGAGGAUCAAAUUGGAUUUGGAGAGCAUUCUGACCCACAGAUCCUCACCAUUUUUCGAUCCAACGAUGUUGCUGGGCUUGAAAUCUCCUUGCAUGAUGGGUUCUGGGUCCCAGUUCCACCUGACCCCUCUCAAUUCUACGUGAUCAUUGGUGAUGCCAUGCGGGUUUUAACAAAUGGGAGAUUUCUGAGCGUGAGACAUAGGGUAUUGGCAAACUCGUCAAGGGUUCAUUCAAGAAUGUCAAUAAUGUACUUUGGGGCACCAACUCUUAACGCAACGAUCUCUCCUCUCCCAGAAUUUGUGUCACCCCAAAAUCCUGGCCUCUACAAGCCAUUUACUUGGAGUGAAUACAAGAAAUCUGCCUACUCCUCACGCUUGGGGGAUUGCCGUCUUAACCUCUUCAAGCAAUGAUAAAAUUGGCAUUGUUGAGCUACACAAACUUUCUGCUUCCGCCAGGAAAUUAAUUAAACAGGAACGUACAUUGGAACAACCACACGUAUCAAAUUCAUGAUAUUGUAUAAUGUAUAUAGGUCUCAAUUCAAGACUUUAAGUUGAAGGGGCGAUAUUGAUAGUUCUAUUUAAAUUAGCAGGAACUAUUUUUAUCUGAAGCCCUUCUUUUGCAGUAAUAAUCAAUUUCUUUUAGUUUUAUUUUUUAUUGGAUGUAAUUUAUGUAGGGGAAGGUUCCCAUUAAAAAAAAAAAGAAAGAAUGAAAAAAAAUUAUUCAAUGAUUUUAUUUGUACUAUAUAUAAAAUUAUUAAUGAAAAAAAAAUAUAUAGAGUGGAGUAAUUUAUAGUAACAAAAAAUUCUUUCUGUUACUUUCUUUUCUCUUGGAGCAAGUAUAUUG